AAACCGGUUGAUCUAUAAAUGCACGUCUAUAUUUACGGAAAGUAAUUGGUCCGAAAAAAGUACUACAGAAUACAACACUGCCUGGGAAGAGAGGUUUAAGUCUAAUAAUGUCCAGAUUUUUUAGUCUCGUUGCACUAUGUUUAAGCUUCAACUUCAUCGAUGGCCAAGAUCCCCCAGAUUUUAUGGUGACAACGUCUUGUCACGCUGAGGGUCCAGCUUUGGUGGCGUGCCAAGAAAAAUAUUUUGGUGACCUAAUUGGUGACAACGGGCCUAAUAGCUACGUCUGUGGUUACGACUCUGAUAUAGAUCCCACUGGUAACAAUCCUCCCGUGUGUGACAUCGAUGAAUGCACAUGCGUUAACGGAUUGCUCGCUGCAACUUCCUCUUUGGAUAGUCGCUAUGCAGAAGUAUUUGGUGUUGACAUAAGCGGUAUGGAAGCGCAAGCAUACAUGGAUCUAGACCAAAUUUUGGAUGAUCUGAAUGAUUUGUAUGGAGUAGAGCUGAGCGAUGAAAACAGGUUAUAUCUAGCUGCUAACAAUGAAGAAUUGAAUGGUACCCCUCGUUGUACAUACUUGAAAAAUGUCUCUACGUCUGUAUCGACUAUGAAAACUCAAAUAGACGACUAUAUAUCAAACAACCCGUCUGUAUCAAUUACCAUAUUGGGUGCACUGCAAAGGAUGAGUAACUACUUCAACUGGGUGUUGACGAUAUAUCUACCAAACUUUGCAACGAGAGAGGGUUUUACGUGUAUCAGUGACGACCAGUGCUUAGGUACUAGACAUCGCAGAUUAUGUGGAUCUGAUUGCCAGUGUUCCUUGCAAUGCCGAGUGAACAACGACUGUAGCGACCCCUCCAGACCAAAUUGCAGGUCUAACAGAGCAGGUAUAAUGGUGUGUGGUGAUCCACAUAUCUCUCAGACUAUCAAGGGUAGUAGCCAUAAACUAUGCUAUGACUUCUUUGGGGAAUCAGGGGCGACCUAUCUUGUCUUUCGAGAUCAUAACUUAGAUGUUAUGGCAACGUUUAUAACGUCGACUAAAACCAAAUAUGGCAUUGUUGAGUACGUCGGAGCGUUAGAGGUCAGGACGAAAGAUUUCCGAAUGUCAGUAACUCCUCUGAUGAUAACUUUGCAUUCUCCAGGCAAAGAUACUCAGAUAUACAAAUGGAUGCAGCAAACAUUGAACAUCGAGAUUGGAUGGGCAUCUGUGUCUAAGAAACAGGUGCGCAUAUUUAUCGAUGGUGAAAUGGAAAUUCUAAUCAUUCGUAAGGGAAAUGCAAAAGGCGAGCAGUUCCUGAACUUCGGUGUUACCGAAAUUGAUGGCGUCUCUAAAUCAGCCGGUGGUAUUCUAGGAUCGAUUGGACAAUCGGCAAUCUUCGAUGCACAAACGUCCCACGAAGGUGUCCUUUAUUGGGCAAAUGUUACAUUUCCUGUAAAAAUAGCCCAUCAUCAAUGCUUGAAGAUUUCUGAGAAUUUUCAAGACAAAUUCAAUGACAUUUUGCAAAUGUUCAAAGUAUCUAAUGAAAGACCAAUAGGUCAUAUUAUUCAAUGAUACAAGGAAUUUUGAAUU